UCCCGCAGCGCUCCCAUCACUCACAUCUCUCGCUCAGGGCCAGACGAUGAAGUCGGAAACACACCGAACGAGCGUGAUGUUUUCCCCCGUCCUGCUCCUCGUCUCCGUCUCCGUGUCCUCGUGCUGUCGCGUGGCCCCGGUUACCGACUGUACCCAACCUUCGUUCGUGCCGGGUCACAACCUGGUGGGCGAGGGCUUCGACAUCGUGCGGAUGAAAACCACGGGCGCGUUUGUGGUGAACGUGCAGAGCUACAUAACCGGCGGCGUGCACGGAAACUGCACCAUCUGCCGGAACUCUCUGCUCGGCCGAGAGCAGAAACUGCCGUCCGCCGUCACCGACUGGCGCGUGAAGGUGAACUGCAAACGCAGCAUCAGCGCCCGGGUGUUCGAGUCGUCCAGCUCCGUGCUGAAGCAGAGCACCAGCUCCACCAGUGUGGGCUGGAAGGUGGGUCUCGGGCUGCCCAUGGUGGGCGGGGUAGCGGUCGGCGGCACACACUCCAAAUCGUCCAUGUUCGCACGUUCCCACGCCUCCCAGGACAAGUUCUUCUACACCAACCACGAGUUCUCCUGCCGCUACUACUCUCUCAGAGUGAAGGCCUUUCCUCCUUUAACCAAAGAGUUCAUCCAGUCAGUGAAAUCUCUCCCUCCAGCCUAUAACAGUCAGUCUGAGUCUGCUUAUCAUCACUUCAUCUCCAUCUACGGCACUCACUACCUGCGUCAGGUGAAUUUAGGUGGUCGUGUGAAGUCCACCACCGCUGUGCGCACGUGCCAAAUCGCCAUGAAGGGUCUGUCAGUGCGGGACGUCAGUAACUGUCUCUCUGCCGAGGCGUCGGCCGUGAUCAAGGGCGUCCAGGUUAAAGGUCAGACCAACUACUGCAAAAGCAAGAGCAAUAAACUGGACAACAAAAGCGGCUUCAGCGCCUCGUUCUCGGAUCGUGUUACCGAGGUUUGGGGUGGAAACGGAGGCAGCGCGGAUCUCCUGUUCUCUCCGGAUAAACAGCACGGAUACACCGCAUGGAUGAAGACGCUGCAGACCGUCCCAGGCGUCGUGUCCUACACCCUGACGUCGCUGCACAUGCUUGUGAGAAAUGACUUGGCCAGGAAAGCAGCUCUGCAGAAAGCCAUCAGCAAGUACGUGAUGAAGAACGCCGUGGCCUCGUCCUGCUCCGCCAAGUGUAAAGUCGGACAUCGUAGUCCUGACUGCUCGUGCAAAUGCGGCGGACAUCAAAACAUCGACUCAAACUGCUGUCCGAGUCAUCCCGGAGUCGCAACCCUGACCGUCAAGGUGGAGCGCGCCGCCGGACUCUGGGGAGAUUACUUCUCCAAAACCGACGGCUACGUCAAAGUGUUCUACGGGAAGAGAGGAGAAACGACGCCAGUUAUUUGGAAUAACGAUUUCCCGAACUGGAAUUAUGAGGUUCGAUUUGGAACUGUGAACCUGGCACACAGAACGUCUAUACGUUUCGAGGUGUGGGAUCGUGAUAACAAGUGGGAUGAUAACCGUCUGGGCACAGUGAACAUCGUUCCUAAACGAGGCGUCAACGUGAAGAAGCAGUUUGGUCUGAAACAUGGCACGCUCUUCGUCUCCAUCACGGCCAUCUGCGGUCCGAACCUGCAGGGAGAAGUGUGUGAGCGCUACACCCCUUCACCUGAAGCCGAGCGACUGCUCACCUACCCCGAGCUGCUCCAGAACCGCCGUCACGCCUGGAGUGAGGAAAACUACGGCACAGCCAGAAACGUCACCAUGCUGUAGAGAGAAGAGAUCGUUUACUUCUCAUCAACAUGCCAUGCAGCUCCUUCGCUCAGAACUACGCUGUGCUUCGACCCCUGUGUGUAAACGUUCAUAUCCUGGGGUUUUUUUUCGCUUAGAUACCAUAAGUUACAAUAUUCCUUCAGUUUCUGAUUGUAGUGAGUCUGUAAAAACCACACCACAGUAACAUCUUCCCAAUUUAUUAAUAAUAAUGAUAAUAAUCUUUAUUUACAUAGCACUUUUCAUUUUGACGCAAUCUCAGGGUGUUUUACAUAAAUUUAAAAAAUAAAUCUAUAAAUUAUAUGUAUAAGGAUAUCACAGCGAGGAUAAAUGAUGAAAGAUAUUGGUAUAACAAUUUACAUUAAUAAAACAAUCCUCAAGACGACCUGCUACGUUGCUGAGACGUAAAAUGGAGAAUCUGAGGGCUUACAUCCUAAAAAUCUGCAUAAAUCUUCGUGGCUAAACCGAACCUGCCACAUUUACAAAAGUUUCUUCUUCAUACUCACUUUUUUACGUUAUUAAAUUCCAAUCAGCCAUCAGUUACUAAGUGCGUUCACUCCACAUUUACAUUUAGCCACGCCCACAAAACUCUAUAAAAGGCAAAGAUAGCUGAAAACGACAAAAUGGCGACUGAACGGUGAAAGAGUGACUUCUAAGCAGAGCGUGUGCUAAAUCCUCCAAUAAUGCAGCUCAGCCACUGCAGCGCAUCAGCUACUAUACACACACACACACACACACACACACACAGAGAUGACGUUUCUGCUUUUUAUAGGGUGCCAUUACUUUUGUCCUAAUUGAACAGCUAGACUUCUUUGUCUUAAUUUAUGGGUUUGUUUUGGAAUAGUGACUUAUACUCAAAUUUACACCAACUCAGGAGUGAAACGUAGGAUACGAACGUUUUUUCUGAAGAUUUUCAGGAAAACAUUUCUUGUGUAAAAACUCCUGUGAACAAUUUACAAAUAAUUUUCUUACAUAAACGAAUAAACGGUUCCUAAAACAGCCAUUAAUUACACAGCUGAUGUGACUGUAAGGGCUGAUUUCAUUAAGUGAAGCGUCAGCAGGGGUUAAGCUAUUUGUUAGCUAUCGCACUUCCAUUUUUUUAAUUGAUAAAAAAAUCUUUACAUCCUGUCAAAGAUCAAUCGAUCAGCUCUAUAUCCCUAUAGCCCUCUAUAUCAGCACGUUCAUGUUUACGCAAAAUUUGUGCAUCUAUUGUUGCUUCAGUACAAAAUAUUAAUCAGAACAGCAGCGGAUGGAAAAACACACGCAGUCGUUUUAUAGCAGAGAUUUUCAGAAAUUUGCGAAACAGUUGGUGUUUGUAGUUUGAGUUUCAAAAACAGAUUUUCAAACUUUGGGCCUAAAAGUUCUUAAAAGCAGACAUCGCACUGUGUAAUCGUUUUAAUUAGCAUGAUUUGUGAUUAUAAGUGUUGUUUGCAAAAUAUACUUUUGGCUGAUUAUUAUUUUUUGUUUGUUUGUUUCAUUGUUGUUCAUUGCAUUAAAUAAUUAUUACACAUUUAAUUAUUUUCAAUAAUUCAGACUUAUCUACAGUCACAAUACAAUAUCCAGCACACUCAUGAAAUCCCAGAAUGCACUGCUGUCUCAUUUGCUUUUGCAUUUACUAUUUUUUUAUUGAAUAAUUUACCAAAAUAAUCUGUAGCGCAAAAUGUACUAGUUAAUAAAGCUUUAAUAAAAAUGAUUUUCUCGCAACGUGUCAUCAUUCCUGCGAAACAAAGGACGUUAAACUAAAUAGUAAAACUCUUAUUCCUGCGGCUGAACGCGUUACUCGGUGGACACAAGCUCGCUGAUCCUGCUUUCAGUAGUUUGUGCUCUAGUUCAGUGUGCAGUCACGGUGUUUCCUAUACGACGUCCAAAACAGGAAACAGUAACCUGCGUCUGUAUGUGCAGAACACAGAGAUUUCGGUGCAGACACUA